UAUUGUGUACUCCAUGCGCAUGCGCAAGUGGAAACAAGAUGGAGUAUUUCCACCGUAAUAAAUAAGUGAAAGUCCUUGAAAAUGUUACUAAAUCGGACUAUUUUAAGUUAAUUAUCAAAUUUCAAUUGUCACAUGCAUUUAUUAUAUUAUGAUACUCAUUCAUGAAUGCGAAUGAUUCUUAAAUUACCGCAGACAUUAACAAAGACUUCCUAGAAACUGUCAGAUUUUGACGUGAAAAAAUGUCAUUUUUGAGCAGCUUCAAAAAGCUGUUUGGUCUAGGAAGAGAAGGAGGGCGUAACCCCCUAGAAAAUAGAAAUAUAAUAAGAGACAAAGACCCAAAUCAUGUAUGGGAUAUCAUUGGUGAGCUCGGUGAUGGCGCUUUUGGAAAGGUGUACAAGGCUCAGAAUAGAGAUAAUGGAACAUUGGCUGCAUUGAAACAAGUUGAGAUUAAAGCGGAUGAUGAUUUGGAAGACUUCCUUGUAGAAAUAGACAUCUUGACCAAGUGUAAACAUGUAAAUGUUGUUGGGUUAUAUGAGACAUACUUUUUUGGAGGAAAAUUAUGGAUGUACAUUGAGUUUUGUGGUGGUGGGGCUGUGGACAGUAUCAUGGUUGACCUUGAGAAACCACUGAAUGAGAACCAGAUCCGAUAUGUAUGUCAUGAAAUGUGUAUAGCAUUGGCAUUUGUCCAUAGACAGCAUGUCAUACACAGGGAUCUUAAAGCAGGAAAUGUUCUUCUUACAUUAGAUGGAGAAGUCAAACUUGCUGAUUUUGGUGUGUCAGCUAUCAGUGAUAAGACUAUACAGAGGAGGGACUCCUUCAUUGGAACUCCUUAUUGGAUGGCACCUGAGGUUAUACUGUGUGAAACGCUGAAGGACACGCCCUACAGUUAUAAGGCUGACAUCUGGUCACUGGGGAUCACGCUCAUAGAGUUUGCCCAGAUCGAGCCGCCCAACCAUGAGAUGCAUCCAAUGAGAGUGCUGAUCAAAAUACAGAAAGCCGAUCCACCUUCAUUAGAUUCUAAAAGGAAAUGGUCUGGAAAUUUUCAUGAUUUUUUGAAGCAAUGUUUGAUUAAGGAUCCUGAACAGAGGCCCACAGCCGAGGAGCUUUUAAGGCACCCAUUUAUCAGCAAUCCACCAAAUAAGAAAGUAAUAUUGGAUUUGAUCUCGGAAUCAAAGGCCGAGGUUGUAGAAACUGUGGAGGACCUUACUGAAGAUGAGGAUAUUCAAGAAAUGAAGAAACAUAUGCACGAUGACUCAAACAUUGAUUUAGAGCGGGUAUCACAGAGUAGCUUAGAUACGGACAAGAGGGAGAGCACUCCAGAAAAACAGGUGAAAGAAACAGAAAAACCAAAAGUUUCGGAGAAAAUUGAAGAAGAAAGAUCAGUCACACCCGAGCGACCGCAAACUCCAGAUAAUGACUUAUCUAAAGGAAAAACUCCAUCCCCAAAGAAAACCCCUGCUCCACCUCCACCGGAGGAAAGGGAGAGAACUCCAACGCCAGAAAUUGUGGAGAAAAAAUCCCCACCAAAAGAGGACAGUUCUGAGAGUGAAAAAUCUGAAGAUGGGAGCGUUAAGUCGAGGGAAUCUAGCAAGUCACCGAGAGAAAGUCCAGAGAAAGACGAGAGAGGUUCUCCGAUACCUAUGACAUCAUUGGACGAGGAGAAAGAAGAGGUGGUGAAAGCAGGUGAACCUAAUGUAGAGGUUCCAACAAUAUCCCCGCCCCCUGGUUUUAUAGAAGAUACGGAGGAUAAACUAUCAGAUGAAGGUAUCGGACCCAGUGGUGAUGAAAAGUCUGAUACUUCCAGUCAGAAUGGAAGUCCAUCAAAGAUAACCGAUGUACAGAUAGAUAUCACACCAACCGUUAGUGACAUCGUUGAUGAGAUCAUUGAUGAUGUCAUAGGUAGCAAGUCAGAUAAAAUGUCGGUUCCUGCUGUAGUCUUUGAGGCUAUAGAUACUGUAAUUGAAGAGCAAAUGAAGGAAGAGUUUGUAGAAGGAAAGGAUAUUGAAAUAGAAAGUAGUGCCGUUGGUGAGUCUGGAGACACUGAAGUUGUUAAAGGAGAUGAAGGUAAAGAAAAAAUUCAAAAAAGGCAGAGCAGUGUUUCGGAAUUGAUAAGCAACCUAGAAAAAAUGAAAGAGUCAGGUGAGAUGGAAAGGGCAGAAAGAAGUGCCAGUCCAAGGAGAAGUAUAAGCCCAAGAGAAGGUAGUGUUAGCCCUAGGCAGAAAUCUUUUGAUGAGAGCAUUCCAGAGGAAACUCCGGCAGUUUCUGUUACAACCAUAGUGAAGAAAGAUGAUGGAAAAUCUUCUAAGAAAGAAGAUGAGAAACGUGAGUUAGAGAUUCAAUCUGUGAAAGUUAAAAUAGCAGACGAUGAUGAAGCUCAACCAAUAGAAUCGUCCAAUAUUGAUGAUGUAAUAACAAUAAACGGACAACCAGUCCCUCAAGCAAGCACAAUAGUUCUUAAUGGCCAUAUUUCAAAAAUUAAGGACUCUCCUCGUGGGGAGGGAAGUAAAGCAAGGGAACGUUCUGAAUCUCCAAAGGUGGAGAGUAACUUUGUGCCUCAGACUGACAUAGAUACAUUGGAGACUAAAAUUAGAAAUAGUGUGGAACCGUUAGACAUUUCAAACCCAGACGACGACUCUUCUGAUCAGCGGUCAGAUACUGGGAGUAUAAAUACUGUAGAUAGUGUAGAAAAGGACGAGGUUAUCAAAGAUUCACCACGCAACAAACGAAGAGGUCAUAUGAGGCCGAGGGGUGACAGGGGCAAUAAGAGCCAGUAUAGGACUUUGACGAAGACAAGAACAUUUGUUAUAAAUGGAGAGGUGGUGACACAAACAACACAAAAAGUAGUUCUUGCAGGGGAAGAACACAAGUCCAGAGAGGAUCAUUUGAUGAGAAAACAAGACCUAAGAGAAUUAAAGUUAUUACAGAAAAAUGAAAACAAACAGUAUCAGGACCUCAUAUAUAAGGCACAGCUUGCACGUGAAAUGCAAGAUCGUAAAUUUGAAACUGAUAUGCAGAGUUUGGUUAAGAAUUAUGACCAGGAUAUGGACACCCUUACCAAACAACAGAAACAACAAGUUGAGAAAGCUGAGGGCAGCCAGUCAAUCGAUCUUAGAACUGCAGCCAAACGUAUCAAAAUUGAACAGGAAAAAGAAUAUAAGAUGUUUAAAGAGAAGCAGAAACAGGAUAGGAAAUUGAUGCAACAAGAGUUUGACAUGAUGGCAAAAACAGCAAAGAAAGAAGAUGUACGCAAAAGAAAGGAACAGAAAGAAAUACAGUUACAAGAAGAGGAAAGAUGUUUCUUGGAGAAUCAACAAGAACGUAUGGACAAACAUAUGAAACAGUUGACAGAGACGCACAGACAGAAAAUAGCCAUGCUAGAAAGCCAAUUCUUGCAACAAAAACAACAACUUCUGAGAGCUCGUGAAGCAGCAAUAUGGGAGUUAGAGAAACAACAGUUACAUGAAAAACACCAACUUGCCAAAAGUCAAUUAAAAGACAUGUUCUUCUUAAAGAGACACCAGAUGCUGACCAGACACCAAAAGGAAAUAGAACAGAUGAAGAGAAGUAACCAAUCAAAGGAGGAGGAGAUGCAGCAUCGUCACGCGCUCGAGAAGAAACGUCUUCCUAAAAUACUCAAACAAGAGUCGAAAACACGCUCGCUCAUGUUCAAGCAGAGCUUGAGAUUGAGUGUUCCUGGUAACCCGGAUGAUGAAAGGUCAAAGUUGAAACAGUUUGAAGAGAAUGAGAAGAAGAGAAUGAAGGCGGAGCAAGCACGUCAGGAGAACAAACACAAGAAACAGUGGGAGGAGCUUGUAUACAGGAAUGAAACUAGUUUACGUGAACUAGAACAAUUACAGGCAGAGAAGAGAAAGAUGUUGAUGGAGCAUGAGACACAGAAGAUCAAAGAACUUGAGGAACAAUAUUCCAAUGAACUCAGGGAAUGGAAAGCUAUGCUCAUACCAAGAAAACAGAGAUUGGAGGAUGAGUUUGCAAAACAGCGUGAUGAGCAAGAGAAAUUUUACGGUGCUGUAGUGAUGACAGGGGAGAACACGUACGUGCCCCGGUCGGCACCGAACAGUAUGCGACACAAAACGGAUUCUAUAGCUUCCCGACACAGUACUGUGAUUUAGUAUACGCUUAUAGCAAAUUAGUCAAUAGUAUAUAUUCACCAUACUGGUAAUAAUAUGAAUGGUUGCAGAUAGCCUUCGAGAGAAUUAUAUACAAACUCCGAACUUGGUAUGGAAUAUAUAUAGCCUAAUUAAAGCCAAGACUUAUUUUGACUUCGUUAGAAGUAUAAAUACUUGCACCAAGUUUCAUUGACAUGUGUUCAUUUUCUGUGAUACAAGAAAAAUGGAAGUGUGUGUUUGCACAGUAUGGAAAGCAGGAGCGGAAAAUGUUGUUUUUUCGAUGCCGAUAUUUUAUUUUAUUUAGUCGCAAACUGAAAGAAAGUUUGUUCAGAAAUGAAUAUACAGUAAAACCUGUGUUAAAAGACCAUCUCUAAAUAAAGAUCACCCUGUAAAUAAAGUCAACUUUACAGCAAUUCCUUAUUAAUUUCAAAGAAGAAAAUGACCUCCAAAUAAAGUCCACUUGUUCAUUAAGGCCAUGUUUGGUCUCUCUCUGGUAUGACCUUUUUUCACAGGUUUAACUGUACUUCAUACAUAGAUGGUACUUCUUAUAAUAUAUAAAACUGUUCUAGGAGAUGGAGAACAGUUCUGGAGUAAAGUGAAUGCCAAAUACUUUUGAUAAAUGCACAAAAUCUUCAAAGACUAAGAAUGGACCCCAUGAAGGGAUCUAAUUUUGGAGAAGAAUUCAUCCCAUAUAACUGGGAAGAGGUUAGACAGCAUAUGACUCAAUUCUUAUAGAUUUGAUCGAAUUUGUACAGACUUUCUUGGAAAAUUACUCCCUGAAAUUACAAUAAACAUUACAUAAAAAAUAAUAAUUCUAAAAAUAAACCCCAUGGAUUUCAUACUUUGUGCCAAUAAGAGAGUUUUUCUGAAUAAAGUCUGUACAAAUGUUGUCAAAUCUAUACUGUUUAUUUAUGACACAAAAAAAUAAUUGUUUUUGCUUUGCUUUUUGAAGAGUAGAAUUAUAAUUAUAUCACUUUAUGUGAGAAAAAACAAUAUAGAAUAUGAAAUGAGCAAGUUAACCAUUGUUGUUUUUUUGUCUGCACUUUGUAAAUUGUGCACCACUAAUCUUCUGAAAGACCUUUGUGUAUUAAUGACUUAAUAUUAGUAACUCAAGAGCAUAUCAUUGUAGUGUUUGUGUAAUGAAUGAAUGGGAGAAUAUGAUUAAAUGAUGAAAUUCCAAAUCAUUCUAUUUAUAGAUUUGUUACUAUUAUUAGAAUACCUUUGCACAUUUAUUUCACCCUAAGCCUUCUGUAUUUGUGUAAUGGGUUUGCCCUGCUUUGAAUUUAGAACAGUCCAUUUAAAAUUUAAGGGAUUUGAAUAUCAAAAUAUGAAAUAUAAAAAAUCAGCUACCAAAUAGUAUUGAACCUGGUCAGACCGCAUGGAUGGGCAGGCUGGCCCGGCUCUAUACUGGUGGCAAAGGCUAAUCAGUUACAGUUCCAGCAGGUUGAGGGUUAUAGAGAAAAACUUCACAUGAUCAUUUUCUAGCAAAACCAAUUUUAUAGGAAUACUAGUCUUGUAUAAUACUUUUUACAUCUUCACUUAAAGCUGUCAUUUU